CUUACCCAGACUAGGAGAAGCAGGAAGCCAUUUUCUUUUAGAACUACCACCAUGCAGAUGUAUAAUUCGUCCCCAGAGCGAAUCAAUCCCCCUCGGCGGAAAUCUUGCGACGCAUGCUGGAUGGCCAAGCGGCGAUGCGACUUCGCCCUCCCGGCUUGUUUGCGCUGUGCUCGCAGAAACCUACCGUGCGUCUAUCCGGGGCAACAGCCUGCUAUUUCGCAGGAGCCAAGUUCUGACAUAUCCCUGCUCAUGGAGCAAGUGGAUGGCCUAUCAUCAUCGAUCUACGUUGGGCCUCAAGGCACUGGGAAUGCUAGCAGCGGUGCACCGACUUUUUCAACAAUGGACCCGGUGCUCGAUGGAUCCGAUACGGAACUCGUACAUCUAAUUUCACCCGUUUUUCAUCCGGCUGUACGGGACCAGAAUAACUGCAUGGCUAUUCUAAGAACGAGGUCUUCUAGACCCGUUUCGACCAUCAUAGCCACUCGACUUCAAUUCGCCAUUGACAGGAUCAAGGAAGCGCCCCGGACAACGGUCCUGGAGAAUCAGACUCCGUGGUCUCACAGUCAACUGUACAAGGAUGGUAUGCCCCGGGCUAUGCAGGACGCGGUCUCAUCUUGUGCUCUUUACAUGGCAAGAAACGAAGUAAAUGCACCUGUUAUAUUGUCCACGUUUAAAACACGCACAGAGGAUCUCCUAUCACCGCUCCCACCUACAACACCUCUGGAGGCGCUAGCACAUACGCAGGCCCUAAUAUUAUAUCAAAUUAUGUACGUCUUCGACGGGACGAUCCACGCCCUCGCAUCCGCCGAGUCUCUCAUACCGGCUCUCGAGCGUUCGGCGCUAUAUCUCCGCAACUUCAUCCACAUGCCCGAUUCGGACUCGAUGGAGUCCGAGGGCAGCAUAUUGUCAACGAUGGAACCGGUCAUGGAUUUCUGGAGUUUGCGGGUUUUCCAGGAGUCCGCCCGUCGCACGUUCAUGUUCGCGUUUUACUUGAUUCAGGUAUACAAUCUGCUCCAGAAUGACCGGCUUAUACAAUGUGAUGGACGGUUAGGGCUGGUGUCGGCAUGGUACUCGUCGACGCAUUUGUGGAGGGCGCAGAACGCGUUUGAUUUUGCGGUUGCGUGGGCGGAAAAGGAGCAUUUACUGGUUUACAAUGUGGACUUUUCGCAGUUGCUGCAGCAUGGACAACCAGGUGAUAUGGAUUCGUUUGCGAAGAUGAUGCUCAGUACGAGUUUGGGGAUUGAUAGGGCCAAGGCGUGGUUUUAUUCUAAAGGGGCUGUCUGGUGAUUUGUAUUCUGCCAUGUAUUCGUCUCUCGUCUCUCUCGUCAAGUACAUCGUAUCUGUUAGUGGUAGUCUGUCCAGACCAAGGAAUGCGGAUGGGGGCUAUAUGGAGGUAAUGGUUAGUGAUGAUGGUUCAGAACCCUAGGAGGUCUUUAGAAAGCUUAUGAAGAGGUUUAAGGUAAAGUAUGUUACAAUCUCACUGUACAAUUUGC